AUGGUGUAGCUAAAAAAUGGUAAUUUAUUAAUAAAAGAACAUCUAUCUAAUUCUACUAUGCCUGCUUAUACUGAUGAUUCAACCAUACAUAUAGCUUCUGGAUGUAAAUGGCCAGCUAUGACAGUAAUAAUGAAAUUGGUAGAACAAGGUAAACUUAGUCUUACAGAUACAAUUUCUAAAUUUUACACAAACAAUGAAUUUUCUUAGUAAUAAAGCUAAAUUACUCUUCUUUAAUUAAUGACUCACACUCACGGGUAUGGAUAUUUUGAUGAUUGGGUGGCUACUUUAGAUAUAAAUCUUUAAGAUUCUGCAUUAGGUAUUGCUUAAGGAGGUUAACUAAAUGGUAAAUAUGUCCCAAAAGAGGACUUAAAAAAUCCUCCUGGUACAACUGUACUUUAUGGUGACAUAGGUAUGCAAAUAGCUGGAGCAAUAGCAGAGAAAGUUACUGGAAAAGGAUUUAACCAGCUUUUUUUAGAUCUUCUUGGGAAUCCUAUGGGAAUGGUUAAUGCUAAAUUUACUGCUUUUGAUGGAGAAAUUGGAGAUAAUGUCGCUAUAGCUGAUGGAUUUUAUGUAAGGAUGAUCGAUUAUGCUAACUUUAUGCUUAUGCUCAUGAAUGGAGGUGUAUUUAAAGGCUAAAAAAUCUUAGAAAAAAGUUCAGUGGAUGCAAUCCUCCAAGAUUAUACUGGUAAUUUAAAAGUAGAUCCAAGUAAUUCAAAUUAUGCUACUAAUGGUAAACUUAGUUUUGGACUAGGGAACUGGAUAUUAAAUGACGGUACUCGCCAUUCUUCAAAUGGAAUACACAAAUUUUACAAUUACUUUGAUACAUAAUAUAAUUACUUGGCUAUUUUCUAUUUAAGAACAAAACUAGAUACAUAAGAUAAAACAGAUGAUCUUUUUGAUAAGCUUUCUUUACAAAUAGACAAAAUAGUAAAUAGCACUAGCAGUUUUAGUUAGCCAACUGUAACUAUAAAAAGUACUAGUUUUAGUUAAAUAAUCAAAUUGCAAAUUCUAAUAUUAACCUAUAUUAUCUUUAUGUGA